GAUCAAUGAAAGAUUGAAAAGUUUAGGGGACGAAAUUGAUAUUUUUCAAUAUGGGGCAAAAUGGACAAUUCAUUUUUUUGGCUGUGCUAUCAUCAACUGUGUCAUCCACCACCUAUCUUCAUUAGAUUUUUAGCUUUCUCUUGUGAUGGAGCAACUAAAAAGCUCAGUCUUGCUCAUCCUGCACUUUUGUUGGACAAAGACAAGUUUCCCAAAUUUCACUUCUUUUGAACCAUAGAAGAAGAAAGGAGAAACAAUGUCACUUUGUUUUUCUUUGAACGCCUUCACUCUUCAGUCACCAGAGUCUAAAAGCUACAAAACACAAUUCACUUCUCAGUUCAUCAAACAAAUCCAGGUAAAGUCAACUCCUUUUACUUCACCAUCAAGACCCUUUAAUUUUAAUAGAGAAAGAUGUGAACUGGUUAGAGCUUUAGCAACAAAGCCUGUUGAUACAGCUGUUUCUGCUUCAUUUAGAAGCAAAAACUCAAAAGACAUUAAUGUUCUGGUUGUGGGUUCAACCGGGUAUAUUGGGAAAUUUGUGGUAAAAGAGUUGGUUAAUAGAGGGUUUAAUGUUAUAGCUGUUGCUAGAGGGAGGAGUGGGAUUAGAGGUAAAAAUAGCAAGGAAGAUACUUUGAAUGAUUUAAAUGGAGCUAAUGUAUGUUUCUCUGAUGUGACAAAUUUACAUACUAUGGAGAAAUCUCUGCAAAAUUUAGGAUUUCCUGUUGAUGUAGUUGUCUCUUGUCUUGCUAGCCGAACUGGUGGUGUUAAGGAUUCAUGGAAAAUUGAUUACGAGGCAACAAAGAACAGUCUUGUUGCUGGUAAGAAAUUUGGGGCUUCACAUUUUGUAUUGCUUUCUGCUAUUUGUGUGCAAAAACCCCUGCUUGAAUUUCAGCAAGCAAAGCUGAAAUUUGAGGCUGAGUUGAUGAAAGAAGCCGAAGAGGAUGAUGGAUUUACAUAUAGUAUUGUGAGGCCAACUGCAUUUUUCAAGAGCUUGGGGGGUCAAGUUGAGUUAGUGAAAGAUGGAAAGCCUUAUGUGAUGUUUGGUGAUGGCAAGUUAUGUGCUUGUAAGCCGAUUAGUGAACAGGAUUUGGCUUCGUUUAUUGCAGAUUGUGUUUUGAGUCAGGAUAAGAUCAACCAGGUACUGCCUGUUGGUGGUCCGGGGAAGGCUUUGACACCAUUGGAGCAAGGAGAGAUUUUGUUUAAACUUUUGGGGAAGGAACCAAAGUUCUUGAAAGUGCCAAUUGGGAUAAUGGAUUUUGCCAUUGGGAUUCUUGAUUUCCUAGUUAAGAUAUUCCCUUGGAUGGAAGAUGCAGCCGAGUUUGGGAAAAUCGGAAGGUAUUAUGCUGCUGAGAGUAUGUUGAUUUUGGAUCCGGAGACCGGAGAGUAUAGUGCUGAGAAAACACCAAGUUAUGGUAAGGACACAUUGGAAGAAUUCUAUGCAAAAGUGAUAAGGGAGGGGAUGGCUGGUCAGGAAUUAGGAGAACAAUCCAUCUUCUGAAGGCUAUUGUUUUACAUUAGUUUAUAAAUUUUUGCGAGCCAUUCCAUUGAGUAAACCAGUUUUAUCAUACGGUCGGAUUUCAGGUAUGAAAUUUCCUAACUCGAAAGUGAUCAAGACUGCUGUAUGA